ACCAAAAAAAAACAAAAAAAAGAAAGCAAAAAAAAUAAAAAUAAAAUAACGAAAGGCGGUCGUCAGUCGCAUCUGUGUUACUCUUGUGUUGUUUGUGUUGCUCUUUUUUUUUUUUUUUUUUUUUUUUUUUAUAUAUCGCAAAUAUUUAGCACAAAAUUUAUUUUAAUAUUUCUGUAGAGCGAGACUAUUCGCUUGUCUUCUUUCUCUUCUUACUCAUAAUUGGAAAUAAAAUCAUAAAAAUUUAUUUUUACGAAAAAGAAUUUCCUUUCGAAAAAGCAAAGAAACCAUUGACGUUAAUUUUGUCAUUGGUUCGCUGAUUAUUAUUUAAGCCUGCAAUGGUGGUGGUGGUGCUGUUGCUGCUGCUGCGGUCACUUUGUUGUAAAACAAAAAAAGUUUAGCUGAACAAAAAAAAAAAACUCAAGUUAAAUUCCUGUACUUAACACUAAAAAUCCACAAAAACCAAAUCAAACAACAUAAAAGAACCUUAAAAAGCAAAAACAAAAACUUUAAUUGGAUUAUAAGUCAAAUAUGGUGCCAUUGAAAAGGUCUUUCCGCCAAGAAUAAAAAAAUUAAUUUACACAAAAAAAAUAAAAGACAAGAAAAGAAAAGAUUAUUAAAACCGUAUGGACAAACAGUGUUUUCUUUUUAAAAUACUCGCAGAGUCAAAUAUUAUUGUGCAUUUUUUCUAAAAAAAAACUUAUUAUUAAUAAUAAGAGGAAAAGCUGUUAUUAUUGUCAUAAAACUAUGGCCGAGGAACAAGUGAAAUUGGAUGCGAACAAGCAAGUCACUAGUCCAGAUGAUUGUGAUGAUCUUUCGCCGAUGCCACAAACAGCUGCACCGCCUGUACGCAGACGUGGCGGUAUAUCUGCUGAACCAGUAACCGAGGAGGAUGCCACUAGCUAUGUAAAAAAAGUUGUACCCAAGGAUUAUAAGACGAUGGCUGCAUUAUCGAAGGCCAUUGCAAAAAAUGUCUUAUUUUCACAUUUAGAUGAAAACGAACGUUCGGAUAUUUUCGACGCAAUGUUUCCGGUAACACAUCUAUUGGGUGAAAAUAUUAUACAACAGGGCGAUGAGGGCGAUAAUUUCUAUGUUAUCGAUCAAGGGGAAGUUGAGGUUUUCGUUAAUUCGGAAAUGGUAACCACUAUUGGCGAUGGUGGCAGCUUUGGUGAAUUGGCUUUAAUUUAUGGUACGCCGCGUGCCGCUACAGUGCGUGCCAAAACUGAUGUUAAACUUUGGGGCAUCGAUCGAGAUUCAUAUCGUCGCAUUUUAAUGGGAUCCACUAUACGUAAACGUAAAAUGUACGAAGAGUUCUUAUCUCGGGUUUCUAUAUUGGAGAGUCUCGACAAGUGGGAACGCUUGACGGUAGCAGACGCUUUAGAACCGGUCUCAUUUGAAGAUGGCGAAACUAUUGUUAAGCAGGGCGAACCGGGCGAUGAUUUUUAUAUUAUCGUGGAAGGCUGCGCAGUAGUAUUACAAAGACGAGCUGAGCAAGGUGACGAGCCAGCUGAAGUUGGUCGUCUUGGUCCCAGUGAUUAUUUCGGUGAGAUUGCUUUGCUUUUAGAUCGUCCACGUGCCGCAACAGUUGUUGCCAGAGGUCCUUUGAAAUGUGUUAAAUUGGAUAGAGCGAGAUUUGAACGUGUUUUAGGGCCCUGUGCCGAUAUACUAAAGCGCAACAUAACGCAGUACAACAGCUUCGUUUCACUAUCCGUUUAAGCGGUUAAAACGUAAAAACUAUUAAAAAAAAAAAAUAAAAACAAAAAAAAAAAACGAAAAAAGAACAUUUUUUAAAUAUUAAAUGAAAAAUUAUCAGAAAUAAAAAAAACUGAAAAAUAUUUGCAACACAAAGAAGAACACUACUCUUACUGAUUAAAAUGGAUUAUUUAAAAAGAAGAAGAAAAACAAAAAAAAAAAAAA